AUGUCGGCCCCAGAUCAAGAUGAAAAAACUAUCCAGCUCCUCAAUCUGUUAAACGAGUAUCAAGAGUUAACAACCAUCUAUCGUCUGCAUUUCAUAAAUGGGUUUCUCAAUCUAAGUCGAGCUAAUUUUCAUAGUGAAAAGACAAAAUUUGGCAAGGAUACAUUCGACAUGAGGAGCUAUGAUGCUUGCAAGGUGGUUGACCUCUGUAAAAAUUCGGACGAGUUCAGAUUUAUUGACAGACGUAUCGAUGCUGCAGAGGAUGACAAUGGCGAUGAAUCUACUUUACAGUCGGCGGGACAAUUGAAGAAUCGAAAAAAACCAAAUGAAAAGCCCACCACUACCACCACCACCUCCACCACUGAAAAGACCAACAACGCUACAUAUAAAGAUCCGAUCUUACAGUUUGGGGCAUUGACUCCACCACCACUCAAGUCAAGUCAAGAAGACUUUGAUCGUGCUUUGAGAACGAGUGUUCAAUUGAUUAACAUACGACGUAAGAUUGAUAAAUUAACGUUUGAAUUAGAAAAUGAAUAG